UAGAGAGAGAAAAACCUAAUCGUGUUCAUUCUGAAACUUUAUUCAUCUCUUCUCACUGUUGUGCUGAAUCUCUUUCUAUCCACCAUCGCGAUUCUUCUAUGUUGAAUGCUCCUGCAUCUUCGUGUAUCAUCACCGUUAAGCUAAGCGCUUCUACAACGUCGUGAAUCCUCAUUGUCGCCGAUGUCACAUCCAUUUCGAGCAUCUCAUGAUUCUAGGUUUAGAGUUGCGGAAUCGCUAGAGCAUCGGUCACGUUUGGAGUUGAGAAAGUCAUCACCCAUACCACCUCGACUAGUCUUCUUUGCAACAAUCUGAACACUCGGUAAAACUUGUAGGUGUUCUGGAAAUGAACUAUACAUCUGAUGAUCAGCCGAACCCCUAUGGUGAAAUUUGUAUCAGGGGUCCCAUUAUUUUUCAAGGAUAUUACAAAGAUGAAGUUCAAACGAGAGAAGUCAUUGAUGAAGAGGGAUGGCUGCAUACAAGAGAUAUUAGAACAUGGAUAGCUGUGUAAUAAGGCCUUGGAAGCACAAUAAGAUUCGAGGUGAAGUUCUUCUCGGGUUUGGGGUAGGAUCUUUGCUUUAGAGGGAAAUUUGACAUAGCAGUAGCCAAGGCAGUUGCAGAGACGAGAAUAUUAGGUACUAUUAUGGAAUUCAUGAUACUUUAAUACUUUAUUGCGAUGUUAACAGUCGAUAAUUUGUUUGUUUGCUGAUUUGGUGUUUGCUUCUUAUUUGUUUUCCGGCUGAGUAUUGUCUUAUGUUGGUUCAUGUUGGUGGAAUGUUUAUUGCUGCCAAGGUUCAUGUUCGUUCAAAGUUAUUUUGGAAAGGAAAACGCAUAAGCAAGAGGUGAUUUCAAGAACUCUCUUGAACCUCCAAACACUUAAAAUUGUUAUAUAAAGCUUCUAAAGGUGGGAAUGUAUGUGCUAAUACCAGCCUGCUCUCUGUCUUCAUCGAGAUGGUGGGAGUAGAAGCAAUACAAGAGAAAUUAUUGGUGCAUUAUCUCUUUUCAUUUCCAAUACUGCCUACUGUUAGUCACUGCUUCUAUUUCCUCCAAUUGUAUUUAUGUACAGGAUCAGCUGAUAAAAGUAUAGGUAUUUGGAAAAGAGAGUGUUUUGGUAAAGUUUGUAAAGUUGGGGUUAUAACAGGACAUGAAGGGCCUGUGAAUUAUUUGCAAGCUUCAUCAUCCAAUAGACUUGGUGGUGGCUUUUUGUUGUAUAGUGGUAGUCUUAUGAAUGAUAAGGAAUUAACAGCGAAAAAUAUGGAUGACGGGGUGACGGGAUUCCGGCUGGGGGACGUUUCCGACGUCACGUUCAGUUUGUGGAGCCGCGGAAGUCGAGAUUGAGAGGUGCGGCGGAGCUAUGAGGUAAUCGUGGAGGUCGGCAAGGUAUGAAGGAGAGUUUUGAACAGUAUGCCAGUUUAUUAUCCCAGGAUGUCAAACCUGUUGAUCUAACAGAACUUAGUUCAAGUAAGGAGCAAGCAUUGGCAUCUUUACAAGCAGAGCCGCAGUCAGAUUGGAAGCUGGCAGUGCAGUAUUUUGCUAACUUCACUGUAGUCUCAAUAGUUUUCAUAGGGUUGUAUGUGCUUGUCCAUAAGGCGUCAUGGGCAUAAUGUUGCCGAGGUGAUGAAUUUGAUAGGUGAUGUAAAGGGAAAGGUAGCAGUUAUGGUAGAUGACAUGAUUGAUACUGCUGGGACCAUCGCCAAAGGCGCAGCUCUGUUGCAUCAAGAAGGGGCAAGAGAAGUCUAUGCAUGCACUAGACAUGCUGUUUUCAGGUAUAUAAUGACCUUCUAUUUUCUUUACAUAAUUUAUUUUAACUUGGGGUUUGUGCUGCUGAGGCACUUUAAUCAGGUCAAUUAUGGUGAAAUGAAAAAUAAAGGGACUUUUGAUCCCUUAUCUCUAUUGUUACUGCUAUUUUGACUAGAAUUGUGGAGAGUGUGGUAAGUAUGUCUGGAUACCAGUUUCUUAAUUGAUGGCUUGUUAAUCUAAGAGUGACCUAGAGACCAUUAAUGUGUUUUUUCCUUGAGACAUGAACCUCAAAGAGCUUUCUUUUGGUAUGCAAUGUGGCUUAUGUAUAUAGAUAUAUCUUUAAACGGAUGGAACAGUAGUUAGAAAAGCCUAGUUCACUAUAUCAUACUAGUACCUCCAAAACUGAUGCCUACUCUAUGUGAGGGUAUAAGUAACUUGAUUAUUAAAACUGGGUUUUGAAAUCCAACCUAGAAGAACAAGUUAAUUUAGAAUUUGAGUAAAAUGAGGAACAUCUAUAAGAUAAAAAGAACACGAUAUUAUUUACAUGUAUACUAUGAACAUCAGCACAUAUAAUUUUCUUAAAUGAUUAUCUACUCCUCAUAAGAGAGCGAAUUGGUCAAAACUUCCUUGCCAUACAUCUUGAUCUCACCAUUAAGAAUACAAAGAAUCCGGAGGAAAAAAUUAAAUCCGGUUGGUUAGUGUCACGAUCAGUGCAGAAAGAGCAUUAUGUGCAGAGUAAGCAAUAUGUUGGACUAAAUAGAUUAGAUUAAGUGACACUCUGUUAUUUGAUCUUUGGCAGUUUGAUCUUUCAAUAUUUUUUGCAAGGCUUUAUGACAUCUGAAAGUAUUCAAUUGAUUUCUGUAAGAAUAUAUCAAUCAUUUAUGAGGUAAGAAUAUAUCAAUCAUUUAUGCGCAUGAUAUGCCUGUUACACUGUGUUAUAUUAUGAGGUAUGACACUGAAGCUACUGGUUACUUGCCGUUUAUUUUCGAGGGAUCGUUGCCAGGUGCGGGAUAGUUUGGUUAUGUAGUCUUGACAGAGAAUGAAAGCUGAUCAUGAUUUGUAUUUUUGUGUCUAUCUCGUAAUCAUGGCUUGUAUUCAUACAACCUAGAUCUUGACACACUCAUAAUGAAUGAUAAGAUAGAAUUGAAAAUCAACCUAGAACUUGUAAGAUAUGCAGAGCAAUACAAUAUGGUUCUAAGUUUUUGAGUAAUGGUGGACCUGGUACAGCGUAGAAUGUAGACAUAACAACCAGCUUAGCACGAAAAGUUUUUAGUCUAUUUAAGGAUAGUUUUGUUUAUUCUUAUAUAUUUCUCAAACAUGAUAGAUCAUUGAUCCAAUUUAUACUAGAAUAUCCUCUUUGAUUGAGAAGAUGAGAUAUGUCCAACACCACAGGGUACACCCCUCCGUCAAAUACUGCUAGGGGAGCAAAUUAUAAUGUAGAUUUUUUUUAUUUAAGAAAUAUAUUUCUUGCGGAUUUACCUGCGGAUUUACCUACGGAAUUUCCUGCCGAAAAUAUUACCCACGAAGGUUUUAGCUGGGGAUGAGAAACCGCAGGAAAAUCCGCAGGUAAAUCCGCAGGAAAUUCGAGUAUUUCUAGUAGUGGUGUAUACACGUGCGAGGCACGGGUUUAAAUUUAGUAUGAUUGAUUCCGAUCAGUAUGACUAUAAUGAAAUUCAAAAUAAUUAUAUAAUGAUUAGGAAUAUACCCACGACCUUGGAUCGUCUCCGUGCGAGGCACGGGAUAAAAGGAUUCAAUAGAAAUUUAUACAUAAUAAAAAUAUUUUCUCUCAUUUCAAACAUUCAAUAAAAAAUAUUUGAUAAUUCAUUUAUAUUCCAAAAAUAUUAACUUUUGAGAUAGAAUUUUUCAAAUAUUAAAAAUAAUUUUUAUUUAUCGACUCAAGUUUUAAAAUUAAGAAUUGUUUUUUACAAAGGUACAAAAGAUUCAUAUAGUAUGAAUCUAUAAAAUAAGAAAACACAAGUACCUGGUUAAUACUCAUAUGCCCUUUGUUAAGAAAAUUCCACCUAUUAAUUUUAGGGUCAAAAUGUGUCCAAAUAAUACUUUUUGUGACUAAAUUCUGACUUUGACUUGAAUCUAACUAUUAGUUUCUUCCGUUGCUCUCUCUAUUGGUCAAGUUAUGUACUAUUUGUCCUUUUAUUUCUAAUCUAACUGAACCGGGUGAGGCAAUGUCAUCCUCCAAAGACAAUCUGUACCCAUUUACAGAUUUUCCUUACUCCCAAUGUUGCUUUCCAAUCACAAUCCCAUAUGCAAUCUUUCGUUUUUCUCCCUCUUCCUCUGCCGUCACUCACUAUUCUCUCAACCUAUACCUUUCAAACCCUUGCAAACCAUUCAACACUUUUUUGAGAAUACAACUUCCUCUGCGACCGAAGCUGUUGUCAUAGUUUAAACCCUAACUUGAAGCAAGAAAAUUGCACGACCGUUGGAAAAAAUCGCUGAUGUUAACGAUGAAAAGGAACUUUGGAAAGUUGUUGUUAAGAUACAUCACAAAUGGAGUGUCAUCUCUAGCAACAAGGAACAUUUUGAGAUGGUUGUUUAUGAUUCUGAGGGAAGUGAUAUCCAUGUUAUCGUGCCUCCCGUGUAUAGGCAGAGUUUUGAUUCGCUCUUUGUUGUUAAUGAUACUUACACUAUUGCAAACUUCCAAGUUAAGCUGAAUGAUCUGCUGUUCAAACCUUCUGCUCACAAGUACCUCCUUAAAUUUACUGGUGGGACCAAAGUUGGGGAUAGAAACGUGCAUCAGAUUCAGGAAAAGGCUUGCAGACUCACUCCUUUUCUUGAUAUUUUAAUUGGGAAAUGGAAUAAAGAUCAACUUUUAGAUGUUAUCGGAGUGGUUGAUGAAAUUGGGUACACACAGGCCCAGGUUGGAAGUAAAAAGCAACAGGUCAACUUUGUCAUUCGCGACUUGAGCAACAACACUAUAACGGUUACGUUAUGGGAGGCGUACACGGUGCAGUUUAUCAACUACGUUGAACAGCAGGUCGAUACUGCCAUUCCGGUUGUGAUUCUGAUUCAAUAUGCAAAAGUCAAAGAAGCUUUUGGCAAAUAUCCACUAUCUGUUACCAAUACUUACAAUGUCACCAAAGUGGCUAUUAAUGAAGACAUGGAGACAAUCAAACAAUUCGCCAAAAUGCUUACACAGGAUACUAUAAUGGUUGUCUCGGGCCUUCGCAGUCAGCAGUCUCAGGGCAGGUCGCAAAACUCAUACACUUCUCGCCAAUCACCUAUCCAAAAAUUGUUGUCUAAUGUUGUUCUUCUUCCUCUUGAGCAAAUAGUUAAACUCAAAGACACUACUUUAUGUGCUACGGUUGCUACAAUUACAAAAAUCUUUGCCUCAAAAUAUGGCUGGUACUACCAGGCAUGCCAUGAAUGCCCAAAUAAAGUAACUGGUGAUAAACCUCCCUACAAAUGUGUAAAGGGACAUGACACUGAAACUGCCAUAUUCAGGUAUAAAAUAGAGGUGGGUGAUCUUCAUGCUGGUACAAAAUGCAAGUUUGUUUUGUGGGACAAAGAGAGUGAGGAACUAUUGGAGGUGUCGGCUGCUCAUAUGCGCGAAACAAUGUUUCAGGCUGGAAUAUUUGAUCCCCUCGAUUUCCCGCUGGCACUUGACAAGCUCCUGGAUCAGGAACUUGCCUUCAAAGUCAAGUGGCAACCAGAUUGGUCUAAUUGCUCUGUCAUCAUGUUAGUGAAAGAUAAACCUAUUGUGGAUCAACUAAAAGUUGAAUGGGUGGAUGCAACUACAGUUAAUUCACAACAGCUUUCCGCCCCUGUGAACCAUAUCAAGGAGAGUGUUGAUGAGGCUGUUCCUGUUGAUGAUUCCGACAUUGUUACGGAUCCUGAAAUUGCUUCCAAAUUGCACGGUGAACCGGUCACACCUACGGCAAAAAGACAGAACCCGGAUCCAUCCAUUGAAUCUACGAGUCAUGCAACACACAGCGAAGGAGAUUUGUCUUCGACUAAACUUAAGAAACCAACCAGGAUCACUAGGAAAUUAGUGAAGAUUGAAAAAUAGUUGAUAAUAUUGUCAUGGCUGCUAUUAUUUUGGGUCAUUAUAUGUAGGGAUUCUAUUUGGAAACUACAUAUUUUGUUGUAAUAUUACAUUAUUAUUCGACUA